GGAGACGGACCGACUUCCGGCGGCGGCGGCAGCAGCAGCCAGGAGGCGCUCGAGCAGGCGGCCGGGCCGGUUGGGGCGGGAAGGGGAGUGUCGGUGCCUCCGCGCUCUCUCUCUCUCUCUCUCUCUCUCGCUGUGUGUGUGGACCCUUUCCUCACCCUCGUCCUCUUCCUUACCUCGCCAUGACUCUCUUCCACUUCGGCAACUGCUUCGCCCUGGCUUACUUCCCGUAUUUCAUCGCCUACAAGUGCACGGGGCUGUCUGAGUACAAUGCUUUCUGGAGGUGCGUCCAGGCUGGCGCUACAUAUCUGUUUGUGCAACUCUGCAAGAUGUUAUUCCUUGCCACGUUCUUUCCCACCUGGGAUGCCUCUGUGGGUGUUUACGAUUUCAUUGGGGAAUUCAUGAAAUCGACAGUGGACCUGGCCGAUUUGCUGGGGCUUCACCUGGUGAUGUCUAAGAACGCAGGGAAGGGGGAAUACAAGAUACUGGUGGCAGCAAUGGGCUGGUCCACUGCGGAGCUCAUCAUGUCCAGGUGCAUCCCCCUGUGGGUUGGUGCCAGAGGGAUCGAGUUUGACUGGAAGUACAUUCAGAUGAGCUUUGACUCCAACAUCAGUCUGAUUCACUACAUCAGCAUGGCAGGACUGGUCUGGAUGUUUUCACGGUAUGACCUCCCGAGGCACUAUCGCCUGCCGAUUGCAAUCCUCCUCGGCCUCAGCGUCUACAAAGCCUUCCUCAUGGAGUCCUUUGUCCACGUGUUGCUGUUGGGCAGCUGGACAGCCUUGCUGAUCAAAGCCAUGGUGACAGGCGCCAUUUCGCUCAGCGCCUUGAUCCUGUACAUCAGCCUGGUUCACAGCAACUGACUCGGCGGUGAAGGAGCGGCAGCAGCAGCAGCAGUGAGCCACCGACAGAGGGGGGACCCACCUCACUCCGGUGGGGGGG